ACAGCAGGCGACCUCGCGAAGCUCACGGUCCCUCAGCUCAAAGUGUUAUGCAAAGAACUCCGCAUUGUUGGGUAUUCGAAACUCGGGAAAGCUGCUCUGCUCCAGACAUUAACUAAUCAUGGUAAUAAUGCUGCCCGCGACAAAGACCUUACCGCCACAUCCGCAGAACAAUCUGCCCUACGCAAAGCACUGCCGGUGUCUGGUCCGGUACAUCACCCAGCUGCCAACCAUCAUGCAUCACCAACGGUUGUCGCUGCAUCAAGCCCUGACGCUUCCAACGAGAGCCAGAGCACGAAACGGCCCCGUGUCUCUGCUAUGUUUGAGUCUGCGAAGAGACAAAAACCCUCUCCUGUGAAUGCUGCAUCUAUCUGUGAUGCCACCUCCUCUUCAAAUUCCACGGAGUCACCCAUGGCUACUGGAACCCUCAAAGCAAGUACUGGUCUGACUUUUAUCACCGAAUCCUCGGCGGCGGCUAGUCAUCUUCCACAUGGCUCUAGUGCUAGCGCUUCAUCAAACAUAGUACCUAUCAUCACUCAGCCUCGAAAUAUCAACCUCGUCCAGAAAGGGUCUAUAACAAAACUUCAAGGUCGAUUCAAACCUCUCGUUUUCACAACAACUCCGAUUAUUGAUGGUACAUCAGUAACCUCCCAGCGAGUCUCCUACAACGACCACCGGACCGACAAAAUUACUUCUACAUCCCCAGAUACUUUUAGCCUCGAGGCCGCCCCCAUUUCGAUACCAUCCUUAAUGAAUAUUACACUUCCGCCUAAGCUAUCCGACAGAAAACGAGUUCAAAGCUGGGCAGUAAUCCUUGCUGCGCUCACGGAUCGAGAUCGCCAGACUUGCACCCUGGUUUCUCGGACAUUUCGAUAUGCAGUAUACCUUUCUGCCGCGCAUAUACUCACUCAGAAGUAUCAUGGUCGCCGUCUAAACCAAAUAAUGAAGCGCCAUCCACAAAACACAACAAAUAUGUGGCCCUACUUGCGUCAGCGUCAGAACGAAAUGGUUUUCUGGAAACAUGCGUUCCGAAAUUCUUGGGUUGGAAGGUACCAUUCUUCGCUUGGAAUAGAUCCUCUAUCUGCACGUCUCUGGACGAGCGCAGAUGACGAGAAGCAGGUGGUCGUAGCGCUGAGCAUUAAGUUUAGAUUUAUCCUCACAAGACUUUGGUUCACGCUCUCUGUCGGGACGAAUGAGCGAGAUCCAUCGGCGUGGCUAAAACAUACUGUGGAAGAUGCCCAAGAAGUUGUGAAAGGUGAGAUCUGGGCCAUCACGAUUCGAGACAGAAAUUCGUUAUCCGAGUUCUACGUACUGGAAUCCACUUGCGAAGUCAUCGGCCGGGCACUCAACACUCCUAAACUUGAAGUCUACUCCUCUGGUUUGCGCGCCGACUGGUCAAGAUACUUGUCGUCUCACACUGGCGUUUCUGCUGGGCCACGUAACUUAAUCUCAGAAAACCUUCGGUGGGCGAAUUACGAGGAAUAUGACCGAGGAAUAAGCAGGCACUGGCUACGCCGCAUCUCUGGUGAAGGCAAUGUCGGCUUAUCUAAAAAGGUGGUCGCUGAGCGAUAUGUCCUGGCGUGUGUGGUUGCCAAUAGCAUUAGUGGCCAGUGGAUGUCAUCUAACCAGAUGGCGCAAGAAUACGCAGGUCUACCGUCUCAAGGAACCUUUGCAGCUAUCAGAGGCGGAGCACCGAAGAUAAACCUUUACCUACCAGCCCACCAUCAUGUUGAGAGCGUUCACUUCAUCACACCAAAAGGUGUACCAUUGCAUCCGGCUCUUGCCGUCAUGCAGACCCCAGCAAGAGAGUACAUCGUCUUGAAGGACAAUGGAAUGCAAGUUGGAUGCGAAGAAGAUGGUGUUGCAAACGUGUGGAUGCACGUCCUUGGAUGCGACAAAAAUGGUAUAGCAGUUGUACGUUCUAAAUGAAUCAUGAUGCCUGUCUUGAAAUAAUGCCCGGUCAUUGAGGAUUUAAGUGACAAUGGCCGUUUUAUUUACUUCAAGUAUACAGAAAUCGCACCUCAGCAGAUCAUG